AAUAGCGAUUGAAAUUUUGGUUUGGUUCUCACAUUUGCAAAAUACAGAUUAUAGAAAGACUGAUAAACAUACAACAUAAAGCAUUUUCAAAACCCAAAGAAACAAAAAGAUACAUACUAGUAUGUCAAAUGUUGUGGAAGAACCUUGUCUGGUGGUCAGAAAGUUUCUAGCCAGGCCUCAACAUGAAGGUGUUGGUGCCAUUGUUAGACGAAGCAUUGGGAGGUUUGAAUUGAAAUACUUUGAUCCUUUUCUUGUUCUAGAUGAAUUCUCAGUUUCUGCACCUGCUGGCUUUCCUGAUCAUCCACACAGAGGUUUGAAUUUGAUUAUUGAUCUCUUAUUUGUUUUUCUUUUUUCUUUUUUGUUUCUGUUUUUAGUUGAGAAAAGAUUGCUGAUGCUCUGUUUUUCAUAUUUUACAGGAUUUGAAACAGUCAUAUACAUGUUGCAGGGACAUAUAUAA